AUGUUUAAUAAUUGCAAGUGUGAUUUUACUUAUGCACAUGGAGAGGUUACAAAAGAUAACAUAAAAGAAAUAGCAAAACGACUGGCAUCUGAGGUUAAUUGCCGCAUUCAAUCUGACAUUACCUAUGAAAAACUAGGAAGGCUAACAUUCAUUGGUCAUUCAAUGGGCGGACUAAUAGUAAGAGAGGCGUUACAAUAUCUUGAAUACAAAGAGAAGCUUUACACGUUUAUCACUAUCUCAACACCGCAUAUCGGAUAUCCCCGCUAUAUGAGAAGUGUAUUAAAGCCUGUUGCAUUGACGAUGAAGUCGGAAGCAUUGAAAUGUAUAUCAAUGAACGAUGCAGAAGACAAACGAGAAAGCUUUAUUUAUCAGCUCAGCAAAGACCACGAAAUAUCAAAUUUCGAGAAGAUUAUAUUAAUCGGUAUAAAAGAAGACUAUCAGGCCUUUCUAUAUUCUUCAUUGAUAAAUGCUACAAAACUCAAUUCCGGAUCAAAGAUAAGCUGCGAGAUGGAAAAAAACAUAAUGGAAAAUAUUAAAAACUGCGAAAUAACUAGGAUAACAUUCUCUUAUGCAAAAAUCUCUCACUAUCUAGAAAAGAAAGAUAAUAGAUGGAUCGACGCACAUAAUGAUAUUGUAUUAAAUAGGGUCAUGGUAAGACUCAUCCUCGCUGUUAACAGCAGUAUAUUUUAA